UUGCAUGAUUGACAUUACCAUGAAAAGGAUGUGGAGGAUCAGUGAGCACCCAGUUCUCUAUCUCUUUAUGCUCUUCAACUUAGAUAACCCUUCACUACAAACUUUAUAUAUACUUCAUUCUACAUGCACUAAACAAACUGCUUCAUAGUCAUGAGAGUUCUUACAAUGUCUUGGCUUCUGGCUCUGACACUCUUUUGUUUAGCAUGUACAACAAACGCAGGAGCUCCUAGGAAAACUCAGCAUCCAUCUGCAACUAUUGUUGGCACUGUCUACUGUGACUCUUGCUCACAAAAUCACUUCUCCAACACUAAUCACUUCAUCUCAGGGGCACUGGUUGCUGUAGAAUGUGAUGGCACAGACUCGAGCCCGAAAAUCCGAAAAGAGGUGAAAACAAACAAGCACGGGAAAUUUAGAGUAAAUUUACCAUCCCGGGUGGCCAAACAUGUCAAGAACAUCAAGAAAUGCUCCGUGAACUUGGUUCGGAGCAAUGAUGCCAACUGCGCGGUGGCAUCGACAGCAACAGCUUCUUCAAUUCAUCUCAAAUCAAUUAAAGCCAGAACCCACAUUUUCUCAGCUGGUUUUUUAGCUUUCAAACCCCUGACGCAGCCAAGCAUAUGCAAUCAAAAACCACAAAUUUCAAAUAGGCCACCUACGAAGCCACCAAAACGAGCAGCUCAUAAAAAAACCAGAAAGGGCCUGGUAAACCAAAAAAUGUUUUCUUUAUUUCCACCUCUGAUUCCAAACCCCUUUCAGCCACCACCAGCAAUACUUCCUCCCAUCAUCCCUUCGCCACCGCCUUCAAUAUUUCCUCCUUUCUUCCCAUCACCUCCGCCUUCAAUAUUUCCUCCUGUUUUUCCGACCCCUCCACAGCCACCACCUUCAAUAUUUCCUCCAUUUUUCCCUGCACCACCAGUAGCACCUCCUCCAUCAAUAUUUCCUCCACUCUUCCCUCCAAUACCGGGAUUUAGUCCUCCGGUGGUGAUGCCACCACCGCCACCGCCACCAGUCUUCCCAUUUCUUCCACCAGGAUUCCCCGGAGUGCCGCCAGUGGCAAGGUCAAGUCAUUCAGAAGAGACAAAACAUCCUUAAUUAAAUGAAAGUCACAUGCAUCUUACUUGUACAUUAUAGUAAUAAGUAUCGGCUUGUCUGUUUAAAAGUUUGUGGUCAUUUGAAUUUUGAACAAUGUCAUUGUUGCAUUUCGCAGCAUUAUAUGUUGGUUAUGUUGGAAAAAUAUGAAGUUCCUGGCUUUAAGCAAA